AUGGACUAUAAUAGGAUGAAUUCUUUUUUAGAGUACCCACUUUGUAAUCGGGGACCCAGCGCGUACAGCGCCCCAACCUCCUUUCCCCCCAGUUCAGCUCCGGCGGUUGACAGCUACGCAGGGGACAGCCGCUAUGGUGGAGGGCUGCCCAGCCAAGCGCACCAACAAAACUCGGGGUAUCCUGUCCAGCAGCCGCCUUCAUCCCUGGGGGUGUCCUUUCCCAGCUCCGCUCCCUCGGGGUACGCCCAGGCGGCCUGCAACUCCAGCUAUGCGCCUUCUCAGUAUUAUCCUGUGGGUCAGUCGGAAGGAGAUGGAGGCUAUUUCCAUCCAUCGAGCUACGGAGCCCAGCUAGGGGCUUUGCCCGACGGCUACGGAGCGGGUGGAGUCGGCCCAGGGCCAUAUCCUCCGCCGCAGCCCCCUUACGGAACUGAGCAGACGGCAAACUUUGCACCAGCCUACGACCUCCUCUCUGAGGACAAGGAAUCGUCUUGCUCUUCAGAACCCAGCAAUCUCACCCCCCGAACCUUCGACUGGAUGAAGGUCAAGAGAAACCCACCAAAGACAGCGAAGGUGUCGGAGCUAGGACUGGGAGCUCCUGGCGGCCUCCGCACAAACUUCACCACGCGCCAGCUGACCGAGCUGGAGAAGGAAUUUCACUUCAACAAAUAUCUGAGCCGUGCGCGGAGGGUGGAGAUCGCGGCCACCCUGGAGCUCAAUGAAACGCAGGUGAAGAUAUGGUUCCAGAACCGGCGCAUGAAGCAGAAAAAGCGAGAGCGAGAGGGAGGCAGGGUGCCUACAGCACCUUCUUCAGGUUGCCCCAAGGAAGCAUCUGGAGAUGCCUCCGACCAGUCCACGUGCACCUCCCCGGAAGCCUCGCCCAGCUCCAUCACCUCUUGA